CCACCACCAAGCCACCCACCACCAAUACAGUACGUGUUCAAAAGCCAGCCUCCUACGGAGGCCACCCAUCAACACGCCCCCGUGCGGGCGGAGAAAGCCCCGGGCAGGCAGCCCGAGGAAGGGGGAUUGGCCUUAGGGCUCAUGGAAGAGGUUGUCGUUCUGCGCUCGUCCGUCGCGGAGUAGAGAAGCAACCCCUGUGGCCUCCACGUACACGCCGUGUAAAAGAAUCAAUAAAAAAAGCCGUCUCUCCCCGCCCCCCGCUCCACUUCUCACCGCCGCCGCCGCUACCACCAAACCAACCGAACCCCACUCCCUCCUCCUCCACCACCACCCCCAUUGUCUACGUUCUUCGCACUCCGAUCAGCCGCGGCGAGCAGGGAGAGAAUUCUCAUCAACCAUCAUCAUCAUCAACCACCAUCGUCGUCUUCCUCCUCCUCCAACGCCUGCUCCGGAUCGUCAGCUGUGCAGUCGCCAUGCAGCCGAGGCUACGCACGUCUUGAAGCUCUUAUCGAUUGAUGGUCGCCGUCUCUACUGCUGCUCUUGCUGCUACUGCCGGAAGAUUAACGUGGUUUUGGUAACCGGCGACGCUUCCGCGGCCUCCGGCACAACUUUGUCUCGUUUAUUCACUUGAUUUGUUCUUGUUGUCGAUUUUUGUUUUGCGUUUAAACGAGGAGAGGGGGGGGAGCUACCAGAGGAAUUCUCUCGCUGUGCCACGGCUUUGGCCGUCGUUUAAAGCCCUUCCUUCCUUCGGUGUCGCAGAACUCUUUGAAUCGACGAAGUAGCAAGCUCUCCCGCUUCCGCGGCCGAGUAACACAGAUUGCAUGUCGAUACAAAAGAGGCAAUUGAUGUAACAGUUUUGCGACAAUUGGAACCCCCCACCCACUCCACGAUGUAUGUAGGAAUUGACGCGUGGAUAGGUUCAAUUCCGAUUCGUAUGCCGUCGUCGUGAACGAAGAACGUGAAUUCAUUGUAACACAUUUCUCGAUCAACAAGAGUGUUGCCACCAACAGAGCCGAUCGUUGUUCGUCUCCUGGAGAUUUUGGUGGUGGUGGUGUUGUUGUUGGUGUGGGGGGUGCUGGCUUUGUGCAUUUGAGCUCACCGGAGAGAGAAUGGGUCUGACAUUGAGGUGGCGUUCUCCAACCACCCUCAUCCGAGCUGCCCGGGGUUUAGUUGUGUAAGCCCGCUCGUGUGUACCACACACGGGAGAGGAGGGGAGGAAGAGGAGGAGGCCCCUUUUUGUCGUCGUCGGAGCGAUGGGCGAGCGAGCGAUUCCGUGAGUCUGCCACGGCGCCCAGAGUGUGUGUGUGUCGGGUUGGGGGGGGUUGUGGGAGACACUUCCACAAAGAAAGAAAAGGGAAGAACGUCAUGGACGGAGUUGACCUCGCCGUGACUUUUGCCGCCGCGGCACGAGAAGGACAAUAAGCGAAUUCUCAGCCAAAUAUUCACGGGCGCGCAGUUUGCACCACGCGGCGACGCCUACGAAAGCGCAGCCAUGGACGAGUCCUCUCUGCUGGACCUUCUGGAGUGCCCAGUGUGUCUGGAGCGACUCGAUUCCACCGCCAAGGUGCUGCCCUGUCAGCACACGUUCUGCAAGCGGUGCCUGCAGAGCAUCGUCUCGUCCCGGCAGGGCGAGCUUCGGUGUCCCGAGUGUCGCACCCUGGUGCGCUCCGCCGUAGACGAUCUUCCCUCCAACAUCCUCCUGCUUCGUCUCCUCGACGGGAUCACGCGCGGAGGUCACGGCCCCCACAUCCAGCCGGGUCAGCCCGGGGUUGCUGCUGCUGCUGCUGUUCCGGUGCCGGUCCGGGUGAACAGGGCGGCCCGUUUGGCAGCAGCAGCCACGUUGGCGGGUCCACCGUCCAGCAAUGGGGCACUGCCUGUCCAGACGCUCAGCAGGAGCAGUGCCGCCGCCGCCUCUGCUGUCAACAAGCAGUCCCUGCCCGUGGUGCCGUGCGCCCGGGCGCUCUACACCUACGAGGGCAAGGAGCCGGGCGACCUGCCCUUCAGCAAGGGGGACCUGGUGUUCCUUCGGCGGCGCAUCGACGACAGCUGGUACCACGGGGAGACGAGCGCCGGCGCCCAGGGUUUCUUCCCCGCCAGCUACGUGCAGGUGUUGAGGCCGCUGCCAACGCCGGCCGUACCGCUGCUGCUCCAGCCCGCGGCGACGCCGGCACCACCGGGGACACCCACGGUGGGGGCCGCCCAGCCCCAGGCUCGUCCGGCCCCUCCCCCGCAGUGCCGGGCGCUGUACGACUUUGCGGUGUCGGGCGGGGAGCAGGACAAGGACUGCCUCACCUUCAGCAAGGAUGAGGUGCUCACGGUCAUCCGGCGCGUGGAUGAGAACUGGGCCGAGGGGAUGCUCGGAGACAAAAUUGGAAUCUUCCCGAUCUCGUUUGUGGAGUUUAACACCAUGGCCAAGCUGCUGCUCGGCCUCGAGUCGGCCAACAUCCACACGCUGGGCGAGGCGCUGGGCCAGCCUCAGCCGUCGACCUCCUCCGCAUCCUCCUCCUCCUCUUCCUCCUCUUCCUCCGCCUCCUCCUCCGUCACCUCUUCGGCCGCCGCGGUCGCGUCGGCCGCGGCAGGCGACGGCGGACGCAAGAACGCCAAGAAGCGUCACUCGUUCACGUCGCUCACCAUGUCGAACAAGGCGAGCGGGGCGGGCGUGCAGGCGCAGGUGGCGCACCAGCACCGGCACUCGUGCGACAUCAGCGCGCCCGUGCUCAUCUCCUCCAGCAACCCGGCCGCAGCCGCGCGCAUCAUGGCGGCCGCCACGGGGAACGGGCUGUCGUCGAGCGCCCCCUCGCAGAUUUUCAUUGGGACGACGGGACUGAUCGUGACAACCGCCCCCACUAGCCCAGUUACCACGGUAGCGCCCGUCACCUUCCACACAGAGGGGGGGGCUCCUCCGUCUGGCCCCACGGAGGGACAGGCGCUGCCUGCCGUGGUCGCCACCCCGGCCGUGGUCCCCGGGAUGCCGCUGCCGCGUCCCGCGCUGCCGUCGGCCGCCGGGACGACGGAGCCCGCCGUUCCUGUGCCAAGGCCUCCUCCGCAGCAGUACCCGCUCAUCCAGAUCUUCGUGGCGCUGUACCCGUACAAGCCGCAGAAGGCCGACGAGCUGGAGCUGCGUAAGGGCGAGAUGUACCGCGUCCUCGAGCGCUGCCAGGACGGGUGGUACAAGGGAUCGUCGCUCCGCACCGGCACGGCCGGCGUCUUCCCGGGGAACUACGUCGCGCCCGUCAACCGGGCGCCGCCGGUUCCCCAGCAGAAGCUGCCGCCCCCGGUCGGCUCCGCUAACUCCAGCUGCAGCACCAGCUGCACCAGCAGCAGCAGGGCUGUCACGGUGACCGUCCCCAUCGCCACGGUGACGACCUCUCAGGCGAGCAACGGCGGUGGCCUCUCCGCGUGUCCCGUGGCCGCUCCGCCGACGAGCCCGCGACUGGGCCCCGCGACCGCCGCGAGGCACGUGGCCCAAGGACCCGCGCAGAACGGCGUGCGGCCAGCUCCAUCGUCGACGGACAAGCCCGUGGCGGCUGUGCCCCCCAUCCAGUCCCAGGGCGGCUCCCCGCGCCUCUCGGCGGCCUCGGCACGGCCCCAGCCGGCCGCGCCGCUCCCGGCGCCGGUCAUCGCGCUGCCGCCGGCGCCGCCGGCGCCGGGCCCGUGCCCCUCGCUCUCCUCCGCCCUGGCGAGCGUGGCAUCCGCCAUCACGCCGCCCAACGUGAGCGCCGCGAGUCUCGACGAGCAGGCCGCACUCGGGGGCUCCGGCGUCUCGUCUGCGCCCGUCUCCUCCGCCGCCUCGGGAGGAGCGACGGCCGGCGCCGGCGGGAAGCCCGAGAAGGGCGAGAAGGACAAGAAGGAGCGCAAGAGCAGCUUCCUCAAGAUCCUGUCCAGCGCUUCGGCCAAGCGCAAGUCUCGCUCGCCUCCGCUCUCUGCCUCGCCACCCCCUCCACAGUCUACCCACGAUGCCCAGCAGCCCGAAACCCAUCCAAUGGGGGCUACUGCGGCGGCGGAGGUCGGAGGUCAUGGAAGGUCACUGACCCCGCCGGUCGCCCCUCCCCCCCGCCAGCCGUGCUCGGCGAUGGCGCCCGUGAGGCCCGAAACGAAGCCGCUCCAGCGGGAACGGUACCGCGUGGUCGUCCCUUACCCACCGCAGAGCGACGUGGAGCUGGAGCUGAGAGAAGGGGACGUGGUCUUCGUUCACCGCAAGCGGGACGACGGGUGGUACAAGGGCACGUUGCAACGCAACGGCAAGACCGGCCUCUUCCCGGGCAGCUUCGUCGAGAGCUUCUGAAUUCCAAGCCGCCCAACGAAAACUGCACCAUCUUGGUGCCUGCCACCGAGCAGCCCACCACCACCACCACCGCUAAAAAAAAAAAAAGUUAACUUUUAAAAGCAGAAUUACUGAACGACUUUGAUAAACAAUGCCUCCUGCUCACAAAACCGCAGCUGUAUUUAACAGUGCCUUUUGUUUGCUAUCGUGGCUCCUCCGUAUUUAUGUGCCGACUCGAAAAAUCUGCGGAGAUUUGUAACUGUGCACGGGGGGGGGGGAAGAGACGAAAAAAAACUGCCUCGUUUUUCAUUUGAGAAGAACUCUUGGGGUGGAUUUGUGACUCUCUUGUUGAUAAAUAAUUUCUGGCACCCGUGAAGAAGACGGACGGCUGAAACCCUGGCAGAUUCUUCGCCUUGCCCACGAAAAAUGUUCACGUUUCUUCUUCUACUUAAAUAUUUAACAAAACGACAAAGUAAAAAAAAAGUGUUUGCAGGAGAUAUUUUUAGUUUAGUGUAUAUGAAUUACAUUACAUCAGUUAUUUGUUUAUUGUUUACAAGCUGCUGAUAAUGGUGCCGUGAUUUGUAGGAUCGCCUCUUGUGGCUGUUUGGCAGUGUUCGUGCUAAGAGAUCUGUCGUUCAACUCUCCUGCAAAAAAAAAAUCUGUGUUAGCUUUUAAUUAUAGAUUCAUUAACUCAUUCUGUCUGUGUUAUAAAAGUUUCAACAUGAGUAAGAUGAAAAAGUAACUUUGAACAAAACACGUUUUAAUUUAAACGUUUUUAUGUCAUGAGAAAUGAAUUGUUCAGACCUCUAAUUUACAUUACCCAUUGUUCCGGGGUGAAACAAAAAAGUAUAUACUUAAAGAAAUAAUCUUUAGUAUUUUUUGCUAAAUAAAACAGAGCCUGGGGUAGAGCAGGAUAAGGACACUUUGCCAACUGGCAACAAAACAGCCCGCAAAUAAAACACUGCAUCCACAAUGUAGCACUGUGCGGCGCGAGAUGUGUGUGGCACAGUGCAAGCAACAUAUGCUGAGACGGUUUUUAUUCUAAAAAAAACAAAUUAGAGACACAUCAUCGCAUGCAAAGAAAAUGUGUAACAUGCGUCAAGAUGCGAUCAAGAUGUGAAAGUAAAUAUUGUUUCUUUUAAUGGUCUUUUUUUAAUUCUUGUAACGUUCUCAGAAAAUAAAAUAAAUGAAACAACGCAGGUGUGCCCAGGUCUGCCUAGGUGCGCCGAGGUGCUUGUUGACAACGGUUAUACACUUACUAAUAUGACAAACAGUAUUUUGUACAUGAUAUAGCCAGCUUAGAAAAAAUAACAUUACAAAAGGGAGUGGUUAAACGGGGGGGGGGGGGGGGGGGGGGGGGCGGGGUGUGGAACUAAGCUCCUGUGUCCAGAGUUAACUGUUUGCAGGUGGCACUGAAGUUAAGGGUGGUCUUUGUGUCCAGCUAUUUGUCGCAGCUAUGGAAAUUGGUCAUGCCGAUCUCCAUACGCCAUUGGUCUCUGCGUAAUUUGCACAGGUCACAUUUUUUACUUAUGGGUUCUGUGAAUUGAAAACUGUUAAGUUGUGCUUAUUUUUGAUUCCUGGAAAAGCUAUCCUUUUUUUGCAUUUUUUUGUUAUUAUUAAAUGUUACAUUACAUUUGCAUUGGCUUUCAGAAGCAUGGUCCAAAUGUGAGUAACAGCCAUCACUUUUCAGUACGUAUCCUUAGCCAAUAUUGCAAUAAACCUUGGGUGUCAGAUUAAACUAUUUUAAAUGAACAAAUGUGUUAUUAACCUCAUUCUACCCUCAUGAUACUUGUGCUACAGGAAAGCCUUGUAAAUGGUUCCUAUACCUGAAACAAGUAAAGAUCUCGUAAUGGAAAUACCUAUAUCCCUCUCAUGCGUGAAUUAUCAAGAGCAGAGCUGAAACAUUUUAUUUUUGGUUUAUUGUGAUUUAAAAGUCCAUAACAUCCCCAAAUGUGUUGACGGUUUUUAUAUAUAUCAUUUCAUAGUAGUUAUAGAUCUGUACAUGUCAUGGCGGUCCCCACAGUGGACAUGAUGAUGCAUGAGAGGCAUAUAUAUAGAUGCCACUUUCCCAGAUCUAAACAUUGAAGAAACCCUUGACAUUGUGGUGAACCUGCAAACAGUUACAGCCGCGUCUUUGUCAAGAGAACGGUAACGGGAGGCUACGGGGGGUAGAGGUAAUGCCAGUUUAGGUGAACAUCAGGGUCAGUGUUGACUUCUGGGCGAAAACAACUCAACAUACAUUAAAAAAAACUUGAAGUAUUGAUAUUAAACACAGUAAUAUAAGUACAAUAUUAUUUACUAUAGAUUACACUAUGUUAUGUUUGGCAAACGAAGUGUCUGUAUAUAUUGUUUACAAAGGUGCCUUUCCAAAGACCUUUUUUUUGUGUGUGUAUACCUAUUCAUUUUUUUUGUCGACGGAAAGUAGACUCGAUGAAAGGGCGCUGUCAUAUUGUACGAUGUUACUUUUACCGCAUUGCUGUACGAUUAUGUAUUUAUUUGGCUGCUAGUUCAAUGUUCCUCACGCUCGUCAUCUUUUUCGGCUGUUGUUAGCUGGCAAAAGCAACGCCACCUUAGAAUUAAAGGAAACUUUUAGAGAGGGAAAAAAAACCAAUGUACCCGUUAGAAGUUCGCUUAGCGGGUCCACACGCGACUUCUGCUCAUACGCAUUUCUGAACAGCUCACUGAUCGUUUUGCACACUAAUCUUACUCACACGUAUUAUUCUUAUUUUGUAUUCAAUGUGCUGCUCGUUGUUUUGAGAUCUCGGUGACCUACCAAACUUACCAAAACUCAGCCUUUUGCCGAGAAAACGACUUCAGGUAAAUGAGCCCCGUUCAGUUGGAAUAUUAUUUCAAUAUCAAUUGUAAUUUUGGUGAAGGAAAUGAAAAAUAAAGCAAAAAUAUAUAUAGUAAUGUAUCGCUUUCUUUUCUAAUCGAACCGUUCCUACACCCUCUAUAACCCCCCCCCCACCACCCCGUUAAUGGGGGAUGCUUCUGCAUCUGCACCCCUGCUCAUGUGGUCGCAUGGGAAACCGCGGAUUUCACGAUGCUUGAUGAUCGGUCAUUUGAAUACCAGUUUCUUUUUGGUUGUACCGUAGCUCAAGUGUCUGUAUACAAAUGUACGUUUGCAUCUUAAUAAAAACAAAGCAAAAUGUGGCGUUUUA